AUACAAGUUUAGUCGCUGUCUGUCAGCCAACGUACCACAGCAAAAUUUUACAGUUUCACGAUCAAUACCUAUCAUCCAUAAGCGAGAUGUGCGGCGGCUGGGCUUGUGCCUCCUAUAGUCUGGCAUGCAAUAAUCCACAGCUUUCCACACUGCGCUUCACGGGACGUGAUUUCAUACCUACGCCGUGUGGACCCCAUGAUAAGUGUUUCGCCAAGGAUACAAGCUGCACCCGUGGCAAUUGUAACCGACCGCAAGGUAUCUCAGUCGAAAUGAAUCCUUGCCUGGAUCUAACCAAAACUGAAAAUCGCGAAGAGGGAUCACAUUCACCCAACCAGGCGAAAGAAAAUUGGAAAACAGCAUUUGAGAAAGUCCUACGUAGUCCGGCAGCCAACUCGAAAUAAUCGCUUAACUGUUUGAAUUAUGAGAUCUUUACAAAUAUAAAAUGAACAGUUAGGAAAAAUUCCUCAUGAGUUAUCCAA